AUGGGAGUAGCAGCAACUGCAAUUCCCUCCAUUGUUGAAGGCAGAGGACAUCGUAUCUCAAACAUUCAAACUCUUCCAAUUGUAGUGUCUGACAAGAUCAAUUCAUUUAGUAAAACCCAUCAAGCCGUUGCACUUUUGAAUCAACUAGGCCUUUCAGAGGAAUUGAAGAAAGUAAAGGAUUCUAAGGUGAUUACUGCAGGUAAGGGUAAAUUUAGGGGCAGGAGAUACACCAAAAGGACUGGUCUUUUGGUAAUUCACGACAAUGAUUGUUCUUCUCUCGAUGCUUUUAAGAAUAUCGAGGGUGUAGAGUUGCUUGACAUCAACUGUUUAAAUAUUCUUAAGCUUUGUCCAGGUGGUAAGUUGGGAAGAUUGGUUAUGUGGACACAGUCGGCCUUUGUGAAGUUAGAAAGAAUAUUCUCUGAUGAAUUCAAAGCAGGUUUUGUACUGCCAAAACCUAUGUGUACGUCUGAAGAUCUAGAAGAAUACUUCUAUUCACCAGAAAUCCAGGAACUUAUCAACGUUCCUUGUUUGUUGAGCAAGGGAACACUUUCCAAAACUCAAGAAGAAAUUACCAGAGCUGCUAAGAUGGUCGAAUUAUAUGAGAAACUUUAA